CUUCCAGCCCUCUGCCUUGCCUCCACCAUCCUGCCGUCACAGGUGCUCCGUUCCCGGGGGAAGCCAGAGUCCGCCAAGGCCACGGACCGGUCACCGCCGGAGCCAUGGUCCAUGGGUAUAAAGGAGUCAAAUUCCAAAACUGGGCAAGGACCUAUGGAUGUUGCCCGGAGAUGUACUAUCAGCCCACGUCCGUGGAGGAGAUCAGAGAGGUGCUGGCCCUGGCCAGGCAGCAGAACAAGCGGGUGAAGGUGGUGGGCGGCGGCCACUCCCCCUCGGACAUCGCCUGCACGGAUGGCUUCAUGAUCCACAUGGGCAAGAUGAACCGCAUCCUCAAGGUGGACAUGGAGAAAAAGCAGGUGACUGUGGAGGCCGGCAUCCUCCUGGCUGACCUGCAUCCGCAGCUGGACAAGCAUGGCCUGGCCUUGUCCAACCUGGGAGCCGUGUCAGAUGUGACUGCAGCCGGUGUCAUGGGAUCUGGAACACACAAUACGGGGAUCAAGCAUGGCAUCCUGGCCACGCAGGUGGUGGCGCUGACCCUGCUGACGGCCGACGGGACCGUUCUCCAGUGCUCGGAGUCCAGCAAUGCGGAGGUGUUCCAGGCUGCGCGGGUGCACCUGGGCUGCCUUGGAGUCAUCCUCACCAUCACCCUGCAGUGCGUGCCCCAGUUCUACUUGCAGGAGACAACCUUCCCCUCAACCUUGAAAGAGGUUCUUGACAACUUGGACAGCCACCUGAAGAAAUCGGAAUAUUUCCGCUUCCUCUGGUUCCCGCACAGCGAGAAUGUCAGCGUCAUCUACCAGGACCACACCAACAAGCCUCCCUCCUCUUCAGCCAACUGGUUUUGGGACUACGCCAUUGGAUUCUAUUUACUGGAGUUUCUGCUCUGGAUCAGCACCUUCCUUCCGAGCCUCGUGGGCUGGAUCAAUCGCUUUUUCUUCUGGCUCCUGUUCAAUGGGAAGAAGGAAAACUGCAACGUCAGCCACAAGAUCUUCACCUAUGAGUGCCGUUUCAAGCAGCACGUCCAGGACUGGGCCAUCCCCAGAGAGAAGACCAAGGAGGCCCUGCUGGAGCUGAAGGCCAUGCUGGAGGCGCACCCCAAGGUGGUGGCCCACUACCCCGUGGAGGUGCGCUUCGCUCGGGGGGAUGACAUCUUGCUGAGCCCCUGCUUCCAGAGGGACAGCUGCUACAUGAACAUCAUCAUGUACAGGCCUUACGGCAAGGACGUGCCGCGCCUGGACUACUGGCUGGCCUACGAGACCAUCAUGAAGAAGGUGGGGGGCAGGCCCCACUGGGCCAAGGCCCACAACUGCACCCGGAGGGACUUUGAGAAAAUGUAUCCUGCCUUUCCGAAGUUCUGUGCCAUCCGAGAAAAGCUGGACCCCACAGGAAUGUUCCUGAACGCGUAUCUGGAGAAGGUGUUCUACUGAAGCAGAAACAGAAAACAAGUCGAGCCCAUCCCCUCCCAUCCCCCAGGCCCACUUCCCAUGAGGUUGAAGGCUCGGUGUCCAGCUGAUGGGGAACAGACCUCUCCCCCCGGGCCCUCUGCCCCGGCACCCACAGCUGCUCUGACCCACAGCAAGGGGCCUGCAUCUGGGCAGCCCCCCCCCCCAUCCUUACGGCACAAGGAAGAGCACCAAAGCCCCAUUUACCUCUCCAGCCUUUUAGCCCAAGCCUGUAGUCACCACAUCCUGUUUCCCAGGAGACAGAGAAGCCCCCAAACGUUCUGUAUAUCUUGGAAGUCAGGAUUCAGCUACUCACAGGUUCCACCUGCCGGUUGGGUGUCCAGAGCUCCAGGGAUCCCCCGCCCACCCUUGCAGGGAGGGGUCCCACGGGCAUGUGUUUGGGCACAGAGGUCGCAUGUGCUGUGGUCUGCUUUCUUUCACUCUUGAGGGUCUUUCAGAUGCUCAGGUGCAUGCCCCCUGCCCUGAGACUGACCUCUUCCAGAGGUCCACCUGUCCAUCUGACCUCCCAUAGCCCAACCUGCAGCGUGUCUAUUCCAGGGAAUAUUUGGGGAGUGAGACUCUUCUUGCCUCCUUUUUAAUAAAGGCCAAGAGUUCAUUCA